AUGUGUAAAUAUAAACUUCUCCUCGAUUUAAUGGCCACAAUUAUAGCAUUUAACAAUAAUUCACAAUCUUAUAAAAUUCUCAACACGAAUAGCAGACUUAUAUGUCCAAAUAAUUUAAUUUUUUCCAAACACAUCGAUGAUAUGAUGUUUGAAUGCGCUAUUUACAGGGAUAAGUUAACAUUUCCUUCAAAUUCCAAUUUGGAUUCAACAACUAGAUACGCCCAGGGUAAGGAGGCUGAAAAUUUAAUGAACAAAGCGUAUGAGGAGGUUCAGAAGGCAAGGGCCAAGUCUGAGUUAAUAAGGAGUAAUUUAAACAGAAUAAAAUUCCCGAUAGUCGGAAGGACAACAAAACCGGAAACAAAGUAUUUACAGAAGAUUUAUUACAUUCUGGAAGAAAAUAACAGAUCUUUGAAUGAAAACAAACUCUCUGAUUCUGACCCGGAAGCUCCCAAAAUCCGAACCCUUAUUCAACCCAAAAACAUUACUAAAGUAUUCGAAACACCUUCAGUUUAUAAAUGUGUAAACUUAUUUCCAACACUUUUAUCUACAAAGUCACCACUGAUGCCCGGUCAACAAACUUCAAUGGUUUUAGAUGAAGAACACAAAGAGUUUUUGGUGAAUGAAAUAAGAGAGAGCAAUAUUUUCGGAAUCUUUUUGGCAUUUGUAUCUAAAAUAGAUAAAGAAUCCCAAAAGCCCGAAAUCCUACCAAAUUCAAUUCUUUGUGAAUUUGUUGAUAUUACUAAUCUUGACAAUAAUGGAGUCAUAACAGUAAAAGCUCUGGAUAGAUUCAAAAUAGGAAACGUUAUCGCAAUAUCAGACGCAGUGAUUAGGGCGGAAAUAAGUCUAUUGAGGGAUACCGAUAUGCUGAGGAAUCCAGGGAUGGCGGAAGAAAAUGCCAGAAUUAUAGAGAAAUUGUACGAUCGUUGCAACUUACUUGAGUCCGAAUACAGAAAAGUUGAAGGUAACAUGGAUGAUGCUCAAAAAAUAGACUCGAGAAUGAAAUUUGGGGAAAAAAUAUCAAAGAUGAUUGAAAACGUGGAUUUCGAGAAAGACCCAAACCUGAUAUACGAACUGACGGCAUUUGCAGGACUGGAAUUCAAUGCAGAUACUGAAACAAAGAUCUGGGCAUGUAAUACUACAGAUACAGAUCAACGUCUGAUUGUGACUGUUGACGUUCUUAAGACUAAAAUCAAAUAUCUGAAUGACCUUAUCAGGGAUAAAACAUCAGAUAUCGAAACACAUAAAGACACACAAUUGUAA